AUGUCAGUUGAGGUGAUCGAGAAACAAAUCGAGGAGCAAGGAAAUGAAGUGAGAAGAAUUAAAUCGGACAAAUCGGCCACCGAAGAAGCCAAAAAGGAGGCGAUUGAGAAACUUCUUGCUCUCAAAUUAAGUUAUAAAGAAGUGACCGGUAAAGAUUUUGCUGCUCCAAAUGCACGACAACAAAAACCAAAACAAGAGAAAAAGAAAGAAGAAAAGAAACCACAACCAAAGAAAGAAGAUGGAAAGAAACAAACAAAACUUGGAAUUGAAACAUUGAAAGAUGAAAAUUAUUCGGAAUGGUAUUCUCAAGUUAUUACAAAAGCUGAAAUGAUUGAAUAUUAUGAUGUUUCUGGGUGUUAUGUUCUUCGUCCAUGGAGUUAUGCGAUUUGGGAAUCAAUUCAAGCUUGGUUUGAUGGUGGAAUCAAAAAAUUGGGAGUCAAAAAUUGCUAUUUCCCAAUGUUCGUGAGUAAUGCUGCAUUGGAAAGAGAAAAGACACAUAUUGCUGAUUUUGCACCAGAAGUUGCUUGGGUUACUCGAGCUGGAAAUUCUGAAAUGGCUGAACCAAUUGCUAUCAGACCAACAUCUGAAACUGUUAUGUAUCCAUCGUAUAAAAAAUGGGUUCAAUCACACAGAGAUUUGCCAAUUAAACUUAACCAAUGGUGUAAUGUUGUGGUAAGUUUUUCUUUGUUGGUAAUACUUAAUUAAACUAUUGUUUUAAGAGAUGGGAAUUCAAACAUCCAACUCCAUUCCUUCGAACUCGCGAAUUCCUUUGGCAAGAAGGACAUACAGCAUUUGCCAAUCCACAAGAUGCUGAAAAAGAAGUCUUCCAAAUCCUUGAUUUAUAUUCUGGAGUUUACACUGAUUUGCUCGCAAUCCCAGUUGUAAAAGGAAGAAAAAGUGAGAAGGAAAAGUUUGCUGGAGGUGAUUUCACAACAACAGUCGAAGCAUAUGUUCCAUGUAACGGGCGAGGAAUUCAAGGAGCCACUUCACAUCAUUUGGGACAAAAUUUCUCGAAAAUGUUCGAUAUCUCAUAUGAAGAUCCAAACAACGGAGAGAAGGCGUUUGCUUGGCAAAAUUCGUGGGGUUUGUCGACAAGAACAAUUGGAGCAAUGGUUAUGAUUCAUGGAGAUGAUCAAGGAUUGGUUUUGCCACCAAGAGUUGCUCAAAUUCAGACUAUUAUUGUGCCAGUUGGAGUUACUGCUCAAACCAGUGAGGAGCAAAAGGCUGAAUUGACUGCAACUGUUGAGAAAAUUGCUCAGGAUUUGGUUGAAAGUGGAAUUAGAGCUGAAACUGAUUUGAGGUUGGUUUUUUUUUGCUUUUUGAGAAAAAAACAUUAAGCAGUUUAAAUUUUCAGAGACAACUAUUCACCAGGAUGGAAAUUCAAUCAUUGGGAAUUGAAAGGAGUUCCAAUCCGAUUCGAAGUUGGUCCAAAAGAUUUGGCUCAAAAACAAGUUACUGCUGUUAUUCGAUUCAAUGGAGAGAAAAAGGCUUUGAAAUUGGAAGGUUUGGCUCAAACUGUUAAGGCUUUAUUGGAUGAUAUUCAUACACAAAUGUAUAACAAGUAAGUUCCUCCAAAAAAUUUUAUAUAAAUAAAAAAAAAUUUCUUUAGGGUUUUGGCCGCUCGUGAUGCUCAUUUGAAAACAACUUCGGAUAUUGAAGAGUUCAAAAAAUUGCUAGACGAGAAAUGUAUUAUUUUGUCACCAUUCUGUGGAUUGCCAGAAUGUGAAGAGGAAAUUAAGAAAGCAUCAACAAGAGAAGAUGGAGAAGGAGCACAAAUGGGAGCCAAAACAUUAUGUAUCCCAUUGGAACAACCAAAACAAGAACUUCCAUCAAAAUGUCUUUUCCCAGGUUGUUCGCAUGCUCCAAAAUUCUUUGCGCUUUUCGGAAGAAGUUAUUAA